UUCGCUGCGCAGCAUAUAAAAUAGUUGUCACCGCCUGUUGACAGCAUCACAACAUCGUUGUUAGUUCAUCGUGCAACAGUGCAAGCAGUGUUGCUUUGGUCACAGUGUUUUAUUUAAUAGAAAAUUCUUUGAAUUAACAAUUCAGCAGCAAUGGCAAGCAAAUUCUUGAGCGCCGUAACCCUCCUGGCUUUGGCCGGCUCCAGCUUGGCUGGCGUUGCCACCUAUGCCUACAAUCCUUAUGCCGCCUACCAUCACCUGCCCGCCGCCGUGACUGCUUAUGCUAGCCCCGCACACCAGGUCGUGUACCAACAUGCCGCACCAGCUGCCGUCUACCAUCAAGCGCCCGUCUAUACCAAGUCAUACCCCGCCGCCGCACCUGCACCCUAUGUAGCCGCCGCACCAGUUGUUAAGACCGUCGCACCAGCCGUACAUGUUGCCGCUGCCGCACCAGUUAUUGCCAAGACCGUUGUUGCCGCCGCACCAGCACCCAUUGUCAAGCAAGUUGAAAUCGAAUCGUCGCCACGUUACGAUUUCUCUUAUGGCGUACAUGAUUCGUUGACCGGUGACAUCAAGAGCCAAGUGGAGAGCCGUGAUGGUGGCAAUGUAGCUGGUUCAUACAGUGUUGUCGAUGCUGAUGGUUACAAGCGUACCGUUACCUACACCGCUGACGAUGUGAACGGUUUCAAUGCUGUCGUCCAACGUGAACCAAUUGUCGCCAAGGUUGCUGCCGUCGCUGCUGUUGCUGCACCAGCUGUGCAACAUGUUGUUCCUGCCCACCCUGUUGUACCAGUCCAACAACAAUACUUGCAAUACUUGCCACAACAACAACAGGUUGUACAACCCGCCCCAGUUGCUGUCGAAGCCAGCCAGCCAGCCGAAGAGCCAGCAGCCGAACCAGUACCUGUCGAAUACCCCGAACAACAAGCACAAGAGCCCGAACAACAGCAACCCGAGGAGCCACAAUACCCACAAGAUCAAAACUUCCCACCAUUCCCCCAAUCCGAGGGUGAUGACUCCGAUGUCGUGGAUGUGCGCUCCGCCAACAAUAGCGACAACGCUGAGCCAUCCAGCACUGCUGCUCCAGCGCCAGUGACGGAAGCGGCGAAAGAAGCUUAAGCGGGUUAAAAUGUGAUUUCGCGGGUGAUUUGUUGAGAUUUUCGUUUUCCCUCGCGAAAAAGCAUUGAAUUGAAGAUAAACGCAUUGUUAGCUGGUUUAAAGAUUUAAAUUAAUAAAACGAACGUACGAAUGAAAAUUAAA